AUGGCUCAACCCAGCCGCGUUGCUGAUAGUGAUGAGUCGGAAAUAGAUUCGGUCGAGUUAUUAAAGCCUCGAAAUUCUCGUCAGCCCACUCCAAACCCAAAUCGAAAUCCCGUUUCUGCAUUGGCGCAUCAGAGUGGAGAGUCUGUCCAAGAUUCGAUUGAAAGAAAUGACAAUCUAGAUGAGGACGGAGAUGAGACUGCCAUGGAUGUCGAAGAUAAGUCCGAGGAACAAGUGGAAGGCGCAAAAGAAGACGCAGAUAACACAAUCGUCGUCAUGGUUCCGGGACCCAGGAACCCCGAGGAAUACGUUCCCUAUCAAGACGACACAGUAUAUUCGGUGCUCAAGGAGAUAAACGGUUCGGAUGGCGAGACAUUGUAUCGAGUAGAAUAUGAAGAUGAGAGACAAGAAAACUUAUUUCCAGUGUCAAUGGAGCCAUCCGUGUUUCCCGUUGUGGGUGGCAGCAGUAAACUGCGCAUCACGUUCAACAGGUUAUCUCACCUUCCAAACGGCAACAAUGCUCUGAAUGAGUUUAGAAGCAGAGAAGCCUCGGAGUCGAUUACGGUGAUGAUCCAUCAAAUUCCAGCCGGAGCAUGUCUUCCAGAGCUCCCGAAAAAUGCAAAGAAAAAGCGUCGUCUUGUGAACAACAUGUCAACUGUUGAAAUUGAAAAGGCACGCCGAAGUACUCGUGCUGGAAGUCGACAGUCUUCGCGACCCAUAUUUGAUGACGAUGAGGAGGACGAGGAUGACUCGGAAUCGGGACCUGUUCUUUCAAAUGGCCAUGGAUCUCGAAAAUCAGGACACGAAGAGGAGGAGGACGAGCUUGCUGGUGAUUUGCAAGUCGAAUCUGAAGGAAGCGAAAUUGCAUAUGCUAAACCUAAGAGACGACGCGCAAGUAGUGCUCGAGCCUCGAAGCCUGACAAGCGUGGACGGCCACAAGCCCAUGGUAUUAAAUCUGAUUAUAGUUCUAAGUUACCUACAGAGCUCCCGUCUCGCAUAUCGAGGCGUGGAAACAAAACUGGCAAGAACAUGGAAGAAGUUGACAUCGACGAAGAGGUUUAUGCUGACGAAGUAGCUGGAAAGGCCGCACCUAAAGUCAUAAGCAUUCGAGAGAUCUAUCGACCGGUAUCCGCGAAGUCUUCCUUUGCUUUGGUUCAUGAUCAAGACUGCGAUGUUUGCGGUGGAACCGGCAAGAAUUCUAACAAAGGACGAAGUGAACUCAUUUACUGCCAAGGAUGCUCCUCGUCGAUACAUAGAAUUUGUCUAGGAUAUCGAUCAGGUCGGGAACAUAUGGUCACUAAAGUUUGGCGACGAACAUUUCGUUAUGCAGUGUCGACGCUGUAUCGGUCUGUCCGUCAAAAAGAUCCUCUCGCCCCUCAACUUGGUGCUUGUAGUAGCUGUAAUGAGCCUGGAGCAUCCUGUGCUGCAUUCUCCGUAAAGAAAACCGCGAAGCAGGAAGAGAAGUUGAGGGAGGAAAAUAACGGCGAUGACCCAAUCACAAUGUUCGCGAAGAUCUUGUCAACAAUCCAGAAAAUGUUUUAUUCCGAUGCCGAGGGUGCCAGCGUGGAUUCCACUUUGAGCAUCUACCAUCACGUUCUGAGAAAUCGGUCAUUCCAAAGAAAACGGAAGAGACGCGCUUCAAAAGAAUACAAGAAUACACUAAGGAUUGGCAGUGCAAGGAGUGCUAUCGGUCUAUUGCAAAAAUGCAAACUUUAG